UGCAGGACUCCAGUCGGUUUCCACCUCAAGCGCUGUGUCUCGUCCUCGAGUAAAUAAAGUUUUUUUCAAACGGACUCUGCUUCAGCAAUGGCGGCCCCCAUGUCGUGGAGGAGGCUGGUGUACUUCGUGUACUCACCGGCCUUGGCCGGGGUUUUCACGCGAAUAUCCGACCGGCUCUUCCGUGCGCGGGACAAAGGAGGCGGCUCCUCUGUGCUGCUUCUGGCACCCCUGCUGGCCAAAGCCCAGCCGGCACACGAGCAUGUCUCCAGCCCGGCUGGGUCAGCCGGGGCUCAGGGCGUGCACAACCUCAACGGCCACUUCCGAUGGAUGGCGGAGCACGCGCCGGCCUUCCGAGUGAAUGGUGCCCGCAUCCACGUCCUCACCUCGCCCGACCAGUUCUACCAGACGCUAAAGACACGUGUGAGGACUGCAAAGAGACGAGUGGUGUUGGCCUCGUUGUAUCUGGGAACGGGUCAGCUGGAACAAGACCUGGUGGACUGCAUGCAGGAAGCUUUGCAAAGCUCACAAGAAAACAGCCACGCCCCCGACCUUAAAGUCUCAGUGUUGCUGGACUACACGCGAGGUUCACGAGGGCAGGUGAACUCGAGGAGCAUGCUGCUGCCUCUGCUGCAGCGCUUCACCUCACAGAUGCGCGUGUCUCUGUACCACACCCCGGACCUGAGAGGCCUGCUGAGGCUGCUGGUGCCGCAGCGCUUCAACGAGACCAUCGGCGUGCAGCACAUCAAGGUCUACCUGUUUGACGACAGCCUCGUCAUCAGCGGGGCCAACCUGAGCGACUCCUACUUCACCAACAGACAGGACCGCUACGUCCUGCUGGAGAACUGCCGCGAGCUGGCCGACUUCUUCUCGGAGCUGGUGGACGCUGUCGGAGACGCUUCCCUGCAGCUUCAGCCCGACGACUCUGUCACCGUGCAGGAGGGCAUGGUGCACCCGUACAAAGGUGACAGACAGGACUUCUCCGCUGCGGCGAGCAAGCGCAUCAUGGAGGUCAUCGAGGCCGCCCGUGCGCGCCAGCAGAUGCUCUUCCAACUCUCUGAGGAAGGGGAGAGGGCAAGUGAGGAGGAGGAGGAGGAGGAGGAGGAGGAGGACACCUGGGUGUUCCCCCUGGUCCAGAUGAAGCCUCUUGGCAUCCAGGUGGACGAGCAGGUCACACAGCGCCUGCUGACCGAAGCGGCUCCAGACUCCACCGUCUUCCUAACGUCGGGCUACUUCAACCUGACGCGGGCGUACAUGCGCCUGGUGCUCGGCGCCGGCGCCAGCUACCGCAUCCUCACUGCCUCCCCGGAGGUCAACGGCUUCUUCGGGGCCAAGGGCGUCGCCGGCGCCAUCCCCGACGCGUACACGCACAUCGCCAGGCAGUUCUACGACCAGGUGUGUCGACUGGGUCAGCAGGAGAGGGUCCACCUGCACGAGUACCACAGGUCAAGGUGGACCUUCCAUGCCAAAGGUCUAUGGUACUACCUCCAGGGGCAGGAUCGCCCUUGCCUAACGCUGGUAGGCUCCCCAAAUUUUGGCUACCGCUCAGUUCACCGCGACCUGGAGGCCCAGAUUGCCAUCGUAACAGAAAACAAACAACUGCAGGGCCAGCUACAAGAGGAGCAGGAGAUCUUGUACCAGCGCUCCUCGGAGGUGUGCAGGUCUACGUUCGAGCAGUCGGGCCGUCACGUCAAGCUCUGGGUGCAGCUGGUCACCCCUUUCAUCAAGAACUUCUUCUGAGGAGAUGAGAAGCUUCUGUCCUGCUGCACUUUGGCUUGCUGGCAGUCUGAAUACUGAACUUGACACACACACACACACACACACACACAAUGUUACUUACCUGUCACACGGAAGCAUCUUCUGCCUCUGAGGAUGCUGCAGUGCGUGUGAAAAAGACUUCAAGGCUGACUGGUGAGAUUGUGAGCUGGAAGUAACUACCUGAGUCCCAGAAUGUCAUUUUACGAGUCGACCUACUUGCUGUCACAUGUGAACUAAUAUCUUUGUAAAUUAAAAAUGUUGUGAGUGUUUCCUUAACACUUUUGUUUUAAAACUCAAACUAAACCACAGAGGAGGUUAGUGAAGGGUUCACACCAAAAAAUGCAAAUUUACAGCUUGUCUUCUACACUCCAACCCAUGGGGGGCAGCAUAGCGACUUAAUUUAGCAGUCUUUAUUGCUGGGGUUGUCAUUUGCAGAGCUCUUGUUUUGGACCAGGUGUACCUAAAGAUGUGUCCGGUAGCUGUAAGUCACGCUGGCGUCAAGCGAGACAAAAGCCAACAGAAGAGCUUUGACUGUUUGUAAACUUUUAAUGAGACACACAAAACAAUAAAUAAUGACAAAUAAAUAUCAACAGAAAAGCUUCAUUGCCACUAAAUGUGCUUUAAAUGCAUGGAGGAAAAAAAAAACCAAUUCUGCGGUUAACGAACGCUCACGUUUAGCAUUUGAAUUUCCAGCCUCUGACUUGAAUUCUACUUGUGUCGUCUUUUACCAGAUGUCAGCUUCUCACCUGGAGAAGCAACAAACCCUGAGGAAGUGGUUCUCUUAACAUUGGUGGUGGUGGUGGGGGUUAACAAAAAAACAACAAAAAACAGGAAAUGUAGUUGAUUUUGCAGCUGGGAAAUGAAAGUGCUGCUGUCGCUAAAAUGUGUAAUAGUUGUCAGACUGUGGUUCUUUUACAUCUCAACUUCAGGUCCAUUUUUCCAGCUGCAGCAAUCAGUCAAACCUGUUAGCACGCUCUACACGCCCUUCAUGGAGGAAACCUUCUUCUUGCGGGCGGCCAACAUCUCGUAGAAGGGGUCCUUGCUAAUGGCGGCUCUGCAGGUGCAGGAGAGGACGCUUUAUCAGAACAUGUUUCAGUUACGUUUAUUAAUGAAUGAAUCAUGAUUAAUCACCAUUUGCAACUAUGUCUGAAAUAUGCCUGCUUUCCACUGUACAGAAAGAUAAAUGACAGGACAGGAUUAGAUAUUUUUAACAUACAGUUUGUUUAUGAACAGCUCCAAAUGAACUGAAACGUUUAUAUCAAGCUAAUAACAUACGACAUUAUGUAUGCUAGGCUAUAUGCAUUUUCAAAUGGAGUACAGUAAGAACAGUAAAACUAUGAGAUACCAACA